AUGGACGCUCUCAGCACGGGCGUCGAGAUGCCUACCAUCGUGCCACCCACGAGCGUCCCGCCCACCAAGAUUCUCCCUCAGAUUCCUACCUCCGAGUACCCCAAUAUCCCAGCUAGCGAGCAUAUGACGCCGGGCCAGAUGGUGACUUUGACCGUGCUCGAGCGUACUGGCGGCUGCAUCAGUCUCGUCGCCACCAUGGCCAUCUUUGUGGCCUUUGCAUUGUUCCCACGUGUGCGCAAUGUGCAGAACACAUUCAUCGUCUUCGCGAGCGUUUCCAAUGUUGGCGCCAGUAUUGCAAGCGUCAUUGCCAUGGAAGGCUUGGCCAUGGGACGGAGCUCUGGGCUUUGCCAGGCCCAGGCGUUUAUGUUUGAAAUGUUUAUGCAGUCUGAUCCGUGGUGGUCCCUCGCCAUGGCCAUCAAUGUCUUCCUCGUCUUCUUCUUCCGCGCCAAACCUGAAACCUUUCGAAAGUGGUGGUGGCUCUACUGUGUAAUCUGCUACGGAGGCCCCUUUUGUAUUGCCCUGGCUUUGCUGCUCGUGCGGAAUCCCAGGCGGGGGUUGGUUUAUGGCGAAGCAACUAUCUGGUGUUGGGUGGAUCGGGCCUGGGACGACAUUCGAAUCUACACGUACUAUAUGCUCAUCUGGAUAUGCAUUGUUGGCUCGCUCAUUCUGUACUUCCUAGUUGGCUUUCAGGUCUUCCAAGCGAGGAAUCGUCUUCACGAUCUCUCCACCUCCAGGAGUCGAGACCCAACGGCAGUCGACGAUGUGAGUUCCAGAUUAUUCAUCCCCUUUCGUAAAACCUUCAACUGCAUGCAUCUCCUGACAGCCAAGGUGGUAAAGGCAGCCCACAGCACCAACAAGCACCAGCUGUCCGACAUGCCUAAUGAGGGCUUCUACGGAACCGUCAUCACCGAAGUUCAGAUCAUUCGAUCGACUCCUUCCAGCUCGGGGAGCCCUUCAGAACCGAAGCCAGUUCACAUGAAUCACCCGCGGACCAGCUCCCCAGCCUCGUCAGGCCCAUGUGCUGCCGCGUCCUUUGGCAUGCGAGACUACGACCGGGGCCGGGACGGGGACUGCAAUAAUGAGCGACACCCCGCGGCACCGGGUCAGUUCUUCUCCACCGUGACGGGUCCAGACGCGUUGCCGCCCCAUCUCCGCCGCAAGAAGAAGACUUGGACUUGGUCAAUGUCGAGCAUGAUCAGUAGCUUUGUUAUCGAGGACGAGAUCAAGCGGGCGUAUCUCCGGACGAGCUUCCUCUUCGCGUUGAGCGUGUUGGUUACCUGGAUCCCCAGUAGUAUGAAUCGGAUCCAUAGCUGGCUGGCUGGUGAGUCCCCCUUUGAGUAUCAUGUAGCAACCGCAGCUGUUCUGCCUCUGCAGGGGCUCUGGAAUGCCGUCAUCUUCUUUGUCACGAGUAGCAGAGGUAUCAAGAAGGGUUGGGUAGAGAUGCGGGAUCCGAGAGCGCGAGGUGAUAGUAUCAGCGUCAGCGCCAGUGGCGGCGGCGGUGGUAGGAAGGGGAGUGGAUGCGGCGGAGGCAUCACGGUGUCUGAUCAGGAGGAAGGCACGGCGGGAGUGAGUAGGAGUAUCUUGCGGGAUGGCACUGAGAGGGACAGCAGUGAUGCCGAUGCAUUGACGCUGGGGAGUGACAUUGAGCUGCGUCGGAUGACUGACCCGGCAGAAAAGAUGACAUCGAGUCUUUAG